GCGCAGAAACGGGAAGAGAGGGAGGAGAGGGAAAGGAAAUCCAUGUGCCGCCAUCAGACUGCCUCUGGCUUUGAUCUCACCUAUUUCUUAAGCCUAUAAGCAAAGUGAGAAAUGCCGAACUUUUCGGUUCCUCCUUGCCUUCCACCACGACCGUCCUCUUCCUUCUCAAUCUCCACAUCAAGAGAAUGUCAUUCCUUCCCCUGUUUCUUCUGCUUCUCCUCUCUCGCGUCCACAUUUCUCAUUCUUCCCUCCGUCUCCCUGAAUUGUACCGUUCUUUUCGUCUGAGAUCAGGCAGACCAACCAAAGAGGGCCAUUCUGGAAGCUCCUCUGGUUUUGAUCCUACUCGAGUUACUCAACUGUCUUGGCACCCCAGGGCAUUUUUGUACAAGGGUUUUCUGUCUGAUGAAGAGUGCGACCACCUCAUCAAAUUGGCAAGGGGUAAGCUGCAGAAGUCAAUGGUAGCAGACAAUGUAUCUGGGAAGAGUAUCCAGAGCCAAGUCAGAACGAGCUCGGGCUAUUUCCUGAAGAAGGGACAGGAUUCAGUUGUCAGGAGGAUAGAGAACAGGAUCUCCCGCUGGACUUUCCUUCCAAAAGAGAAUGGUGAAUCUAUACAUGUGUUACACUACGGUCCUGGCCAGAAGUAUGAACCCCACUUUGACUAUUUCAAUGACAAACAUAAUAUAGCUCUUGGGGGUCAUCGGAUGGCCACAGUUCUUAUGUAUCUAGCUGAUGUGAAACUGGGAGGAGAAACGGUUUUUCCAAGUGUGGAGCCAAGUGCUCAAAAUAAGGAGGAUUCUUUGUCCAAGUGUGGAAAAAGUGGCUUUGCAGUGAAACCCAAGAAGGGAGACGCUCUUCUAUUUUUCAGCCUUCAUCUGAAUGCAUCAACUGAUACUGCUAGUCUACAUAGAAGUUGUCCUGUGAUUGAGGGUGAAAAGUGGUCUGCAACAUGCUGGAUUCAUGUGAGACGCUAUAAUCAAUAAGCAGCAGACGGCAGAAACAUAUCAGCCAUGAGAUGGAAGUUCUGGAUUGCAUACGUUUGACCUUAAAUAGUGAAUAUAUUUAGUAUAUAAUCAAAUAUUUUUUUGCAGUUCAAAAGUGUUCUAAGAUUUUCCUUAAUCCCAAUUUCUAGAUUAUUACGAACGAGAAGCCUUAUUAUCAGAGAGUUGUAAAAGCAAAAAGUUUUGGUGUAGGGCAAUUGCCCCACAAUGCUAUUAUUAUAGGUUUCUCUCGAUUCUUCUCUACUAACAAAAUGCAGAUAGUUGUCAAUAGGUAGUGUUUGUCUUUUCUUCUUUGCUUUCAUUUUCUUUUUUCCCAACUGUAUUGCACAAUCAGUGACCAUAUUUUUUGUCUGCAAAUGGGAUGAUACUUGGAA